AUACCCAUCUGUCAAAAUGUUUAGCAUUCUCUAUGAAGCCCAGCAAAAAGAUGGAAGUUUGGUAUACCCACCUCCUCAGUCAUAUCUCUCUUCAUUCUCUCCUCCUUAUUACAGUACUAACUAUGAGAAAGAAGCAACCCCAACAUCAUCUUUUGGGAGAAUCAGUCCAGUACUUCUUUUGCUUAUAGUAAUUCUAGCAGUAAUCUUCUUCAUCUAUGGUCUUCUCCAUUUACUUGUAAGAUUUUUCAUGAAAAGCCCAUCUUCUUCAGCUAUUUAUCAAUCAAAUAGAUACCCAGAAACCUCUGGUUCUCGUGCUUUCCAAAGACAGCUUCAACAGCUCUUUCGCAUACAUGACUCAGGUCUAGACCAAUCUUCCAUAGAUGCUCUACCUGUGUUCUACUAUGAAGAUAUAAUGGGUUUGAAGGAGCCAUUUGAUUGUGCUGUUUGUUUAUGUGAAUUUUCUGACCAGGACAAGCUGAGGUUGCUUCCUACGUGUAGUCAUGCUUUUCACCUUGACUGUAUAGAUACAUGGCUUCUCUCAAACUCAACAUGUCCGCUUUGUAGAAGGACUCCUUUGGGCUCUGGUAAUCAUAUUGAAAUUCCAGUAUUUAAUUUUAAUGUUUCCAGGGAGCUAUCAAAUAGGUUUCCUAGUGAUAGAGAGAAUGGGUUUUCUGGUAGUCAUAAGCCAACAACUAUAGAGGAAGCUGUUGGUGAAAAGAGGGUAUUUUCUGUGAGACUCGGGAAGUUCAGAAGCUUCCAUGAUGGAGUAGGCAGUGGAGAGGGAGGAGGAGAGAGCAGUAGCUGUAAUUUGGAUGCUAGGAGAUGUUAUUCAAUGGGUACAUUUCAGUAUGUAGUUGAUGAUUCAAAUCUGCAAGUGGCAUUGUCUGAUAGUGACGAUGGUGAUGGAGGCGGUGGCGAUGUAAGUAGUAAUGUAGAGCUUGACAAAGAGAAAGGAUACUUCGCAAAUUUUUCAGUUGAUGGGGAUGUGGAGAGGAAGAAAAUCAGUGGCUGUACCAAAGGUGAUAGCUUUUCUGUAUCCAAGAUCUGGCUGUGGUCAAAGAAGAGCAGAUUCCCAAGUUCUUCAAACAAUCGAAUGGAUCUGCCGCCUUCUUUUAAUACUUCUAGAUAUUGGGGACGAAUUUACCUCUUAGUUUUCUCAUCUUUUUGCCUGAAGUUUCAAGGGACAGCAGCAUGUCUGUUAUGGGCGGUAGUGAAACUUCAAGAUUGUUAUAGAAGUUCUUUAUUGCAAUUUUCUUUCUCAUCUUUUUGCCUGAAGUUUCAAGGGACAACAGCAUGCCUGUUAUGGGCGGUAGUGAAACUUCAAGAUUGUUAUAGAAGUUCUUUAUUGCAAUUUUCUUUGGGGGGAGAUGUAGAAACAUGAGCUUUAAUUAUAUUAUUACAAUCUCAUGUGAAAUUUAAGGCCUCCUUGGUUAACAUUUCAGAUGUACAUCUAACCUUUUGAAAGCUAGCUAGGAUUGCUUUGCAUUA